CACAAAUGCUUUGUUGAGUUGCUUCUUGUAUCCCUUCCUGGCGCUGUGUCAUUUUAGUCUGUGAGGUGUUUCUUCUUCUUCUUUUACUUGUUGUAUCAUCUGCUACAAUGGAGCUGAGCCUCUGGUGGAAGCAGCUGAGGUUUCGCCAAGAAAACAACAAAGGCUGGAAUGGGAUGCUGGACGACAUGUUUCUGCUCCACACCAACCUCACGUACAAAAUCCCUCUGUUCUAUGCAGCUUUGAAGAACAGUGUUGAUGGUAUCAAGACUUUGCUGAGCUGUUCGUCCACUAAUGUCUUUGAGAGAGGUGCUCUCGGGGAAACGUCACUGCACGUUGCAGUGAUGAAUGACAACCUGGAGGCUGCUGUGGCUCUGAUGGACGUGGCACCUGAACUCGUGGACGAGCCAAUGACAUCGGAGCUCCUCCAAGGACUGACUCCGCUCCACAUCGCUGUGAUCAACCAGAACCUCAGUCUGGUCCAACAUCUCAUUGACCGUGGUGCUGAUGUGAACACGCCUCGGGCCACCGGCUUGUACUUCCAGAAGAGGAUCCAAGGACACCUUUACUAUGGUGAACACACCUUGUCUUUUGCUGCAUGUACUGGGAACAAAAACAUCAUCUACAUGUUAAUUGCUGCGGGAGCCAGCACCAGAGUCCAGGACCACAAAGGCAACACUUUGCUUCACGUCCUGGUUCUGCAGCCCAACCAGGAGACCGCCUGUCGCAUCAUGGACCUGAUUAUGGCCUGUGAUGCAGAGCUGGACCAGUCGGUGCCACUCGUCAUGGUUCCAAAUGUCCGAGGACUCACUCCUUUUAAACUGGCUGCCAAGAAGGGAAACGUUGCGGUGUUUCAGCACCUGGUUAACAGACGCCGUGUGUUCCAGUGCAGCCUGGGUCCCGUGACCUCUAAUCUCUACGAUCUGACAGAGAUAGAUUCAUGGGCCGACAACAAGUCUGUGCUGGAGGUGGUGGUGUGCAGUCGCCACAGAGAGGCCAGGAGGAUCCUGGAGGUGACGCCUGUGAAGCAGCUGAUCAGUCUGAAGUGGAACCUGUACGGAAAACACUACUUCAGGAUGCUGCUCUUUGUGUAUCUGCUCUACAUCUCCAUCUUCACAGCGUGUUGCAUGUUUCGCCCUCUGAAGCCGAUUCCUAAGGACUACCCAAGAGCAGACAACGACCAAACCGUCUACAUCCAGGAAAGCCUCAAAGAGAGCUAUGUGACGUAUGGAGACCACGUGCGGAUGGGGGGGGAGAUCAUCAGCGUGGUGGGAGCCGUAGCAAUGAUCCUGUUAGAGAUCCCAGACAUACUGAGGGUGGGAGCCAAGCGCUACUUCGGCCAGACGGCGCUGGGAGGCCCCUUCCACGUCAUCCUGAUCGUCUACGGAGGCUUGGUGGUCCUGCUGUGCGUGUUCAGACUGUGCCAGGUGCAACAGGAGAUGUCCGUCAUGGCCGUGUGCUUGGUUCUGGGCUGGUGCAACGUCUUGUUCUUCGCUCGGGGUUUUGAAAUGCUGGGUCCUUUGGUGAUUGUGGUGCAGAAGAUGUUAUUUGGAGACAUGCUCCGGUUUGUGUGUCUCAUGUUCGUUGUGCUUAUGGGUUUUGCCACUGCUCACUGGAUGUUCGACAUGACUCAGGUGCUUGAAAGCGUACCUGGCUACAGCACUUACCCCGUGACCAUCUUCACUGAGUUUGAGGUCGAUGUAGGUUUCAUAAAUCUGCCUGUGGAUGAAACCAUUCUAUCGCCCCCGAUCGCGUAUAUAGUAGAUGUUGGCUACAACAUCAUAGCAGCUAUUCUUCUGUUGAAUCUGCUGCUAACCAUGAUGAGUGAGACCCAGACAAAGGUGGCAGAGGAGCGAGACGAACUCUGGAGGACUCAGGUGGUGGCAUCGGUGCUGAUGCUGGAGAGGAGGCUACCAAGCUCUUUACUGCCCCGCUUCGGGAAAUAUGGCCUAAAGUAUGGCCUGAAGAACUGCUGGUACCUCAGGAUUGAAGGCAAGAAUGACCCAGCAAUGCCAAUGAUGAAGUGAUGCAUCCACCAUGGAGAGCAACACAACAAACGUGUUGACAAGAAUAUGACUAAGAUUCAUCAGCUGCAUCUGAAAUGAGUUGUCAAAAUUAAAUCCCAACUUUGAACCACGGUCUCUUCUCUUCAGGAGCUUAUGAAAGAGCAUUUUUACACCUUUGUGUAAAGCAAAUGCCUGAAUUCAACUAUAUUUUCAAAAUGUUGUGGGCAAAAUUAAUUGUAUGUAACAUGAAUGUGAUUUAUUGGAUAUAUAAUAAAUAAGACAAUGCAACAGAUGAUUUUUAAAGGGUUUAGGCAACAUUUCAUUUGUGAAAACUGAAUGUACUGGACUUUACUUGAUGUGUCCAUAUGUUUUAAACCUCUGUCAGAUUUUUCAGUAUAAACCUCUAGGGGACGGCUUAUAUUUCUGUUCAUGCUAACAAAUAUUUACUUAGGCCUCUCCAUUAGGUGUCUGUAGGUUUUCAUGACAAAAUGCCACACUGCCAGUCUCAUAAUGUGUCUUUCAAGCCCUAGUGGAGGAAGCCCUUUUAGUAGUCUGUCGAUUAGCCGGCUAGUGAAGUUGAUCUUCACAGCUCUUUGCAGGAGCGCGUAUGCUGUCAUGGGGUCACAGGUCACAAAGUCACCAGCUAAAGCUAACGACGCACUAACUGUGUGUUAAUGGCUAGCAACUAAAGCAACACAGGAGUCAGCAGUGGUGAGUUGAGCUCUGUGCCACGUGAUUGGAGCUGGAGACAGCGACACUAUGGUCUCUGAGCCUUGGCAGCACUCUCUCUCACGGCAGAAGUCCACUUGGCUCUGUAUGUUACUGCUAACGGAUCGCUAACAGUUAUAGCAACACAUGGCUCGUGGCAGCACCUUGAACACAGCAGUAACUGGCAUACAGUAGUUUUGUGUGUCGCUGUAGCCGUUAGCAGUAACUGCACCAAUAUGGUUAGCUAGACUUCAAACAAUAACUUCACAUUACAUAUUUCCAAUAAGUACCAAGCUUGUACCUACUGUUGAAGGAGUAUCUAAUUAGAACAGCCAACACCUCAGCACUUUGUCUAUGAACAAAGUAGCUGCACAAUGUCCUCUAUCAGACAGCAUUCAGGGGGUUUGUUCUGGUGGCAUGGUAGGGGCAGUGUGUAGUUUGAGACGAGGCGGAGUCCGGCCCCAAUGGUUACUCCGGAGCAGCGUUCGUGACUCCAGCUUCGCUUUCAUUUACCCGUAUUUGCAUUCAGAAACAAUAUGUAUUUGUUUUGGCCAUAAUUCACAUAGUAUUAGUCAUUGUAUGUCCAAUUAAACAUCAUCAAAUAUUAAAAUGACUAAAACCUCA